ACCCCCGGGCCAUGGCCCGGCCCCAGCGAGCCCUCGGCGAGGCGGGGCUCAGGCUGUGGCCGGCCCCGGAGAGCCGGGGGGAGGCAGCGGGCGGCGGGGCCCGGGCAGGUGCGGCCCGGAGCGCUGCUCUCCGUGGCCCCUGUGACAGGGCGGGCCGCCUCAGCCAGGCCGGGAUUACCCGAGCGGGAGAGCCCUGGAGCUGCUGCGCCGCUGGUGGCAUUUUGCUCCGACGCCUCGCUUGUGGGCUGGGAGGUGGCUCGGAGCGAGGCGGUGUCUGCUGGGGGGACCGGGGACCGCUCGGGAGCAGGGGUGAGACCUCUCGUACAGGGUCAGCCCUGACCGCGGCUCGCUUCCCCACGGAAGGAGGGCGAGCGCCGGCCUUCGCAGCUGCCCCUCGGCCCUGAGCCCGGCGGGUCACCCUGCACCGCCCAGCAGCCACAGCUGUUCCAGGGAAUGCUUCCAGGAACGCGGCGCAAUUUAAGUGAGGAGUGCUGGGAAAUGAUUUCCUGCCGUGCCCGCUGAGGGACGCCAGCGGCUGUCGCGAUAGUCGCAGUGCGGUCACUGUAUCCUGACGGGGCUAACUCAGCUCUUCCACACUGACUGGGGCUGGGCAGUGAAGGAGAUCCAAAUAAACCUGCCACAAGUUUGCCAAAAUCAGUGAAACCUGUGAUCCUUUGAAGUUUUGAGGAGAUUUAGUUUUUUAACUGAGUAGAUCAACUUUGAAAGAACUGAAAAGCAGAUGAAAAGGUGGUUGUGAAAAUUUAAUGAAAAAAUUUAAUGAAAAUUAUACCUACAUGCCAUCAUUGACACCUUAAUUGUAAUUCAGGGUGAAACUUUAUGUACAUGGCUUCGCAUAUCUGAGAUUUUUCACCCUUUGGAAAAUCUGGGCAAAGAUAACUAGAGCUGAAGUCUGUUGUGAAUGAUAAAGCUCCACAGGUCGAUUGAGUGCUCAAGAUGUGGACAGCAUGGCUGGGAAAAGGCAGAAAUUUAGCUGUGUAUCAUGGCAGAAUAUGCAGGGAAACAUCACAGCAAAAACACUGUUUUCAUGUAACAUUGCAACAGCAUUUCUGUCUUUAAUUAUUGCAAAGAAAUGUGAAGCCUAUGAUGUGAUGUUGAGGCAAAGUCUUGUGCCUGAUGGGCAGCCUCUUGCUAUUAAAUGUUCACUGGAAAAGAGCUUGAAAAAUGGAGACUACAACUUAACGUGGUAUAAAGUUGGUAACCAGACAGCUGUGCCUAGAGACAAACUGUCUAGAGUUCAUCAGCAGAAGAAUUUAAUUUGGUUUCUUCCUGCAAUGUUAGAAGAUUCUGGAGAUUAUGAAUGUGUCAUAAGGAAUUCGACAAGCUGGAAGAAAAUGUGUACAAAAGUAACAGUAUUUAAGAGGAUUGAUGGUUUAUGCUUAAAUGAAAAAUUUGCUGUAGAGGAGGUGAUAUUCACAUCAUACUCUGCAAAGAUUGUGUGUCCCCACUUGGAUUAUUUCAGGAAAGAGAAGAAUAUUCAGCCUGUUCGUUGGUAUAAGGACUGCCAGCUGCUGGAAGGAAAAAGGUUUACCCUUUCAAACAGUGACCUUAUAAUUUUCAAUGUGACUGUACAUGAUCGAGGGAACUAUACGUGUGAAACAACAUAUACCUACAAUGGGAAACAGUAUAACAUUUCACGAGAUGUCAGUCUGGUUGUAGAAGUGACCCCACCAAACAAGCCUCCAGAAAUAACUUACCCAAGAAACAACUCCAUUGAAGUGGAACUCGGCUCACAGGUUACUGUGGAUUGCAAUACAACAGGUGCUGAUGGGUAUGAGGUGUACUGGACAGGCAACGGUGUAUAUAUUGAUGUAUUUUAUAUGAGCAGAAUUUUUGCAAGUCCCUAUGAGGAAGAAACUUCUUACGAUGGGCGGCCUAUGCAUUCUGUAAAGCUAAUAAUUUCAGAAGUGAGCAGUGAAGAUUAUGAACAGCCUUUUGUCUGUCAAGCUUCAAAUGCCUUUGGACAAGUUGCAUCCUAUAUUAUAUUAAAACACAGAGUUCCUGACAUACGAAGAUGGCUGACUGCAGGGCUUGUCUCUUUGUUAGUGUUAACAUUUUUUUCUUUAAUAAUCUACAAGAUUUUCAAGAUUGAUUUGGUGCUUUGGUAUCGUAACUCUGUCUCUGCCCUUACAAGUAAGGAAGAUGGGAAAAUCUACGAUGCAUAUGUCCUGUACACGAAAAGCAGUGAAGGCAGAAGUACCUGUUGUCUGGAAACCUUUGUUAGUAGGAUACUCCCAGAUGUUUUAGAAAAACAGUGUGGAUAUAAACUUUUCAUAUUAGGAAGGGAUGAUUUACCAGGAGAAGCUGUGGUCAGUGUUGCUGAUGAAACCCUUAUGCAAAGCAGAAGACUGAUGAUUAUUUUGGGAUCAGAAACAUCUAGGUGCUGCCUGUUAGAAGACACCUCUGAGCAACAACUAGCUAUGUAUAAUGCUCUCAUCCGUGAUGGGAUUCAAGUGAUUCUUAUAGAAAUGGGUGAAAUACAGGACUACACAAGCAUGCCAGAAUCAAUCAGGUACAUUAAGCAAAAACAUGGAGCUAUUCAAUGGAAAGGGGACUUCACAGAGAAAUCUUGUUCAGCAAAGACAAGAUUCUGGAAAAACGUGCGCUAUCAAAUGCCAUCCAGGAAAAAGGUACCUUAUUCUGAAGUGCAUUUGUUGCACCUAACUUCAAACAGUUCUGCAGCAAAGGGAAGUUAAGAAGCACUUGUUUAAAUAAUACUAAGAAGGCAAUUUUGAUUUGGAUGUUUCUUGCACAGUCUUUAUACUACAAAGUAGAUGUUUUCUUCAAGGAAUAUAAACUGCUCAUGUCUUCCAUAAAUUACACCUUAAAAGAAAAAAACUGUGCAACUUCAUUGCUGUUACGGGUUUUGGAUAGUGACACAGUUUGUUGUGUUAGUCUCCAUCAAAUAUUAUAAGUAAACAUGGUGACGGUGAUAGGCUAUUAAGUAGCUGUGGUCCGCCUAAAUGUUGUAUGAAGAAACAGUUGUGAAGUCCAUUUUUUAAAAAUCAAAACUGCAGUUGAUAAAUUAAAAGUCUAUUUCUAUCAUCAGCAUUUUCCUAGUCUUUCUGUUCCAAUUGUUGUUGCCUCUCCAUGAUUGACUGAUUUCCUUAUUGUUGCAAGAAUCUGCUCUGUGCAAGCUUUGUCUUCUGAUCAACAGACCUUACUCUUGCUUCUUGAAAGGGUUGGGGAAAUACAUGACAUAGCAGGUAUAUUUAAAACUCACCACAACACUAAAUGUGUUUCUGCUGAACAGUUGGUACCAAAUGUGUUCAGCAAAUGGAAGGGAAUGAAAUCGGUGGAUUUUUAGACUGUUGAACAAUUCUGUGAUAUCUGGUGUAUGUUUUCUUUUUAAACUUAGUCUCUUGUAAUGCUUAGGAAACUGAAAAUAGUUUGUGUAUCUUGAAACGGGAAGCUUUCUAGACUGUGCUGCUACUCUGGAAAGCAGAUGUUCUCAUGAUGUGUCCCAGCUGUACUAACUGCAUGCAUGGAAAUUCACUGAGAAUCUAUUGAAGAACUGUGCUUGGGCUGGGUAUCCUGGAGAAUGGAAAGUUGCCAGUUCAGAAAGAUGACCAAAUUCUAAAGGCAAGAAAUGGUAUCUCAUCUACUCAUGAAAGAAAAAAUUAGAGUUAUGACAAACUGCUGAAGAGUAGCUUGGUAUUUCUGGACCCCAAUCCACUUUCUGUUUGCAUCACUGUGAGAAAAUUACAUGCUUCCUUUUCAAGGUGGUCUGAAGUAGCAGGAGUUUUCACUCUCCAGCCUUGAGGAACAUAAUUUGAAUGCAAAUAAAAUUUUUGCUUGCUUUUUAAAAGUUAUUUUCUGAUGUUAUGUAGGAUCUAACAUAAUUUUUAUUGCCAGAAUAGGAUCUGUCACAGAAUUUCUUUCAGUUGGUUCUCAGAGGUGUGUAUAUCUAGAAUAUAUUUUUCGUUGGGCUGUAUUGAUGGGAGAGAAAGCAAAAUCUAGGAGUGGAAAUAUAUAAUCAAAGGGAAAGAUUUCCAAGAGCAUUUCAUGGUACUUUUUUCUUUGUAAAGGUGUAAAUACUCCUUAGGAGCAGUGUCUCAUUCUCCUGGACGAGGGGUUCAUAGCUGUGUAAUUUUCCACAGCCUUCACUGAUAGAGACUUGUUCCAAGGUGUCACCAGGAAAACUGGGAACAGGCUAGAUCCAUCAGAUGAGGUGCUCUUGUCCUAGUCGGUGUUGAAUCCAUGUUCUUUGGAAAUGUAUAAUAUUUAAGCUGGAACCUUUAAAAAUAAAUUUAGGGACUUAGAGGAUUCAGGUAAUCACAAUUGUCGAUUUUUUACAUUGUGUUUAGACUUAGCUUGCUCAAAAAAAUUUAAAAUUACUUUCCUUCUUUCCUUGUUUAAAUUUGUGUUUAAAAACAGAACCUUCUUAUUUUCCAUGUAGAAGGAGAAAAAUGAUAAGGAAAAGAUAUUGAAACUGUGGUAGAUUUUUUCAGCAUCCUUAUUUCAUAUAGUUUGAAAUAAAAAAACCCAAACAAACUAAUGGCUAGGACUUGCAGUCCUACACAAAAGUAAAUUGAUUUGCAAUUUGUGGUGGUGGUUUUUUUUGGUUUUUUUUUUUUUCCCUGUGAAUGUGAUGUCAUGAUCUCUGGCUGCUUUUUUUCAUAGUUCUGUUUGGAGAUUUGCCACAGUAUUCAAGACCAGAAUUUUCCCAUUUUUCCACUAAAUGAGACUCCUAAUGACUCUUAAGUGAAGACAGAUGAUUGUGAGUCAGCAUUGAUUUACCUGAUACUUUCUUUCAAACAACCACAUUUAGUAUGACUUUUUUGUGCCCUUGUAUAAAAAUGAGUUUGGGAGAUAGGUUUUGGUUAUCAUGGUUGAUUGUUAGCUAGCUACUUCAAUGUGGCAUGACAUGAGAUGGCUUAUCCUUUCACCAGGGGGCUUAAUGUUGAAGAUUAAUUUUGUCUCUGUUUUCUCUCCUUGGAAACUGUUGCAAGUCACAUAGGAAGACACAAUUUUUUUUUGUGGUACAAUAAAAGAAGUCCCAUAGAGACAGA